AAAAAGCCCUCGCAGGGCGCAAGAAUACUACGGAGCUACACGUCGGCACUAGCAGGUGCACCGUAAAGGGAAAUCACAAUUGUGAUGCGAAUCAUGGCAUAACUGAUGGGUCUCCUUCUCCAGCGGUACCGAUUCACGUCUGCCAUAAACUGCCGCCUCAGAAUAAUGUAAAGUGGUAUCAGUUGAUGUGUUUGUUUUCUCUUCCCGGACUGCUCAGUCUCUCCCCAUUUAAGACGUCCACUCUGCUCCCGACAGGAUGUCAGGGACCUACACUCCAGCCCCCGGUGGGCCUUUCUCUGCUCUCACCCCCAGCAUGUGGCCCCAGGACAUUUUGGCCAAGUACCAUCAUAAGGAGCCCUCAGAACAGCCUGAGCGCCAGUAUGAUGAGUUUGGCUUCAGAGUUGACACCGAGGAGGGAGAAGAAUCUAAGUCCUGGCUGGGCAGCGAGGGCUCGCCGCAGCGCGAGGACCCCCAGCAGCGGCUGCGGUGGCAAGCCCACCUGGAGUUCACCCACAACCACACGGUGGGCGACUUGACCUGGGAGCUCAUCGAUCCGGUGCUUUCACGCUCCGAGCGCCUGCGGUCCCUGGUGCUCGGUGGAAUACCUCACAGCAUGAGGCCGCAGCUGUGGAUGCGUCUGUCUGGAGCGUUACAGAAGAAGAGGAGUUCUGAAAUCUCCUACAGAGAAAUCAUCAAGAACAGUUCUAAUGACGACACCAUCACAGCUAAACAGAUAGAGAAGGACCUGCUGCGGACGAUGCCCACAAACGCGUGCUUUAACAGCAUGAGCAGCGUUGGCGUGCCGAGGCUGAGGCGGGUACUGAGAGGCCUUGCAUGGCUUUACCCUGACAUUGGGUACUGUCAGGGCACUGGCAUGGUGGUUUCCUGUCUGCUGCUCUUUCUUGAGGAGGAGGAUGCUUUAUGGAUGAUGUGUGCCCUGAUCGAAGACCUCCUCCCUCCCUCGUACUUCUCCUCCACUCUGCUGGGUGUCCAGACAGACCAAAGAGUCCUCCGUCAGCUCAUAGUUCAGUACCUGCCAGCCCUCGACCGUCUUCUUCAGGAGCACGACAUAGAGCUGUCGCUGAUCACACUGCACUGGUUCUUGACGUCGUUUGCCAGUGUGGUGGACAUCCGCCUGCUCCUCAGGAUCUGGGAUCUGCUCUUCUAUCAAGGCUCUCUGGUGCUCUUCCAGAUCACUCUGGGGAUGCUCAAGAUUAAGGAGGAGGAGCUUGUGUCCUCGGAGAAUUCGGCAUCUAUUUUUAAUACUCUGUCAGACUUGCCAAGUCAGCUGAAGGAUGGGCUUGAAGUUCUCGGGGAGGCGAUGAGAUUAGCAGGGACAAUGUCCCAGGAAACUCUGGAAGCACACCGACACAAGCAUCUCGCCUACAUCCUGAACGAGCAGGCACAGCUCAGCAAUGGAAACAACGCAGCCCUCAACACUAAUCUCAACAAGGUGGUGAGGAGACAGUCCCUGCGCAGAAAAUCCACAUUAAGCUCCCUGCUCUUCGGGGAGGAUGAGGCAGAGGCGCUGAAAUCGAAGAAUAUUAAGCAGACGGAGUUGGUGGCGGCCCUGCGAGAGGCCAUAGCUCGCACUGCAGAGCAUUUCCACUGUCUGGACCCUCGUCACUCCAGCACGGAUCUGACUCCAGACUACUCGAUGGAGAGCCAUCAGAGGGACCAUGAAAACUUCCUCGUUGUGUCUCGCACUCGACGGAGAAGAGCAAAGGCUCUGCUGGAUUUUGAGCGACAUGACGACGACGAGCUCGGCUUCAGGAAGAACGACAUCAUCACUAUCAUCUCACAGAAAGACGAACACUGUUGGGUUGGAGAGCUAAACGGACUCAGAGGUUGGUUUCCAGCAAAGUUCGUGGAGAUUUUAGACGAGAGAAGCAAAGAGUACUCACUAGCAGGCGACGACUCGGUGACGGAGGCGGUGACAGACUUGGCCAGAGGGACUCUGUGUCCAGCUCUGAAAGCCAUCUUUCAGCACGGUCUCAAAAAGCCCUCCAUACUCGGGGGGCCCUGUCACCCCUGGUUAUUCAUAGAGGAGGCUGCGAGUCGAGAAGUGGAGAGAGACUUCAACUCCGUCUAUUCCAGACUGGUGUUGUGUAAAACCUACAGGUUAGAUGAAGAUGGGAAAGUACUGACACCUGAGGAGCUGCUAUACAGAGCGGUGCAGUCGGUCAACAUGAGCCAUGACUCGGCGCACGCUCAGAUGGACGUCAAGUUCAGAUCUCUCAUCUGUGUCGGACUGAAUGAGCAGGUCCUGCACCUGUGGUUGGAGGUGUUGUGCUCCAGCAUCUCUGCUGUAGAGAAGUGGUACCAGCCGUGGUCCUUCCUCCGCAGCCCCGGAUGGGUGCAGAUCAAAUGCGAGCUCAGGGUCCUUUCAAAGUUUGCCUUCAGUCUCUCCCAGGACUGCGAGCUACCUGACAAGAAAGAGGAGAAGGAGCAGAAGCCGCUGAAAGAGGGAGUGCAGGACAUGUUGGUGAAACAUCAUCUCUUCAGCUGGGACAUUGACGGCUAACCACUCACCAAAAAGAUGGCUGAAACCUGCGUGUCUGUGUAUAUUCAAUGACUCCACUUUUUCUUUUUCUUUUUUUAAAACUUGCAGACACUAAGUCACACUUUAGACCCAAACAGGCCCGAACAGAGGCGCCUUGUUAUCGUCUUUCAACUUUGGAUAAUUUAAAAAUCAAAAGAUGACUAAAAUUUAAUCAUCAUGCAACUGGACAAUGUUUUUAUGGGCUGAAGCAUGUGAACAUUAUUACUUUUUCCGCUCAUGAUAAAAGCCAUUUCACAAGAAGGUUAAAAAACAAACAAACAUAUAUAAACACAUGAAACAAUGUGUUCAGACAGGAGGAAUUCUCAGUAGUUCUCUCUUCUCAUAGUUCAUGGAGUGCCUGUUCCGUGUCGGUGAAAACAGUCAAUGCAACCCAACCGAACGUUUCCAAUUUAAACACCGAAAUGAAGCUGUAGUGUUUCUUGGGAGAAAAGUGCUGCUUAUGUCAAUAUUCUGAAUUCCACUAAAUCUUUUCCGUGAGUAGAAAUGUUGCACAUGCCGAGUAAAGCCUUCUCUGACUGCGAUACUGAACUCUGGACUCCUGUGCGACUCUAACAGUGGUAGUGAGCAGUCGGCACUUGUACGAUAUAAUGUACAUGAAGCAGAUGCUUUUUGUGUUACAUAAAUACAUGUUACAGAAUUAUAUGUAUAUGCUAUAUUUUGCCAUGUUUGGUUUUUCUUUUUUUUGUGUGCAAGUUAAACCAACUAGGCCGAUUUUCCAACCGGUCUUCAGUCCGUAACCUCCAGGAAACGCUGCGUUCAGUUUAAGUUUUGUGUUCCAAUUGUUACAUUUCCUGCAGGUUACUUUGGAAAUCCAUGCACUUUUCAUUCCUGACUGAUGGCUAUUUUUGUUGUAUUGAUUCCUGCUCUGCCAACUAGGUUAACUCCAACUGUAAGUCCACUUUUUUUGUACUUCAAAAAAGAAAAAGUAUAUGUGAGUUUCCUAUGAGAUAAAAUAGAAGUAACCAGGAUUCUGGAUUUAAAUAAUUGUAUCUAUGGUGUUCUGUGUGAAUCACAUCGAUUGUGUGAUACUGGCAAUCGUACACUGGAGGAUUCUGAUAUCUUUUUAAAGAUACUUCAGCAACUCUGUUUUCUGUACAUAAAGUGACUUGCAGUAUAUUGAA